AUGUUUUUAUAUUUAACCCAAAGUGAUUUUAAAGAUGACAUUAAUCCAAAUGUCGCCUAUAUACCUAAUGAGCCUGAUCUACUCGAACGUUUAUUUACUAAUCGAAAUGACAAUGCAUUGAUUGAUCGUCUUCUUGGUUGUGCUUAUGGGCAAGCUCUUGGAGAUGCUUAUGGUCUAUCGACUGAAUUUGAAACACGUGACAAAAUUAAACGUAAUUAUCCAGAUUCUUCAAAAUUAAUUCCAUUUCCAAACUAUAUCACAACUUCACACUCUAGACGAUGGAAACGAGGUGAUUGGACUGAUGAUACUGAUCAAUGGAUACUACUUCUAGAAACAUUAACUGAACACAAUGGUGAUGAGAAAAUAUUUGCUAAGAAAUUGAAGAGAUGGAUCGAACAUGGUUUUAUAGAAUUAGGUGACUUUGCUGGAAUGGGAUUAGGAGCUAAUGUGCAGCAAGUAGUUUACAAUAAUGGAUAUCUUAAUGAUCCACUCAAGGUAAGUGAAAUGGUAUGGGAACGAAAUAAUCGUCAAGCAGCACCAAAUGGAGCUGUAAUGCGAUGUUCGGCAUCGGCUUUUAUUCACUACAAUGAUCUGAAAAAAGUUAAAUCAACAACUAUAUUAAUGUGUAAAACUACUCAUUUUGAUCCUCGAUGUAUUGCUUCAUGUCUAGCUGUUUGUUUGACUAUUGCUCAUCUUAUUAAACAAAAAAUUCAUGAUAAUGAAAUUGAGCCACUUAUUAAACAUGUUCAAGAUGAAACAAUUCAAAUACUUGGUGAUAGUCUUUCUCAAGAACAUUGUAAAUCAUUCUUAUGGCAUACAGAUCGAUCGCGUACUUUACAGGACUUACAAUUGGAUGAACCCAACAGUAUAGGCUUUACAUAUAAAUGUUUAGCAUCAGGUUUUUAUGGUUUAAGAUCGAAACGUUCAUUUGAAGAAACAUUAAAUGACUUGAUUCGAUGUGGAGGUGAUGCAGAUACUAAUGGAGCUGUUUGUGGUACUAUGUAUGGAGCAAGAUAUGGUUAUAAAACAUUACCUAGUGAAUGGUUAAGAGCAAUGCCAUAUAAAAAAUGGUUUGAUCAAAAGAUACUGAAAUGUCUCGAACAAAUGAAUUUAAUUAAUAUUUAA